AUGAAACUUCGGAAGCUGCCGAAUAUCUAUCUAUCUAUCUAUCUAUCUGCUGCAUACUUUUCUUCUCUCUCACUAUCUAUUUUUUUGUCGCAUACUGUUCUUAUAUCUCUCUCUUUCUAUCUCAUGUUGCUCAUAUCUAUUUCAUGGUUUUUAUCUAUCUAUCUAUCUAUCUAUCUAUCUAUCUAUCUAUCUAUCUAUGAGUACAAUGACACAAUAGCGGAUUAUAUAGAUAUAUUUAAGAUAACAAUGAUAAAAUGUUAUAACGCCGUCAUCUAUCUAUCUAUCUAUCUAUCUAUCUAUCUUGUUCUAAUCUUCACAGUGAAGAUCUAUCUAUCUAUCUAUCUAUCUAUCUAUCUAUCUAUCUAUCUAUCAUGUUCUGAUAUUCAGACUGAAGGCAUAUCUCUUUAUCUCAUCACGUUCAGUUCUACAGUCAAGUUAUAUCUAUCUAUCUAUCUAUCUAUCUAUCUAUCUAUCUAUCUAUCUAUCUAUCUAUCUAUCAAAAUAUUUCAUUAUCUAUCUAUAUAUCUAUUUCAUGUUCAGAUCUCCAGAAUCAACACAUAUCUAUCAUCUAUCUAUCUAUCUAUCUAUCUAUCUAUCUAUUUAACAUAUUCUAUCUAUCAUAUCUAUUUAACAUAUUCUAAUCUUCAGAUGUUCAGAUCUACAUCUCAUCACAUCUAUCUAUCUAUCUAUCUAUCUAUCUAUCUAUCUAUCUAUCUAUCUAUCUGUCUCAUGUUCAGAUCUACAGAAUCAACACAUCAUCUAUCUAUCUAUCUAUCUAUCUAUCUAUCUCUAUCUAUCUAUCUAUCUAUCUAUCUCAUGUUCAGAUCUACAGAAUCAACACAUCUAUCUAUCUAUCUAUCUAUCUAUCUAUCUAUCUAUCUAUCUAUCUAUCUAUCUAUCUAA